GAGAAAAAUUCCAAAAUUUCAUGUAUGUACUAGAGUUGUACCCGAGUACAGUGUUUGUGUGUUUAAUGCUUAGUAUUCGUGCUGAGGAAGAAUGUUAAUUAUCAUCGUUACUCUCCAAGAAACAUAGUCUAGUCUCCACGCUCUCAGUAUUCUAGCUCUUUUGGCGUACCGGUAUCUCUCUAACCUACCGGUACUCUAGCUCUCAUUACGUACGGUUCCACACGGUACUGAUAUUUUUUCCCCGAUUUAGUGCCCGUGCUGACACCUAUGUAAUAUGUACUGUACAGCGUGUUGUUGAGCUUGAGUUGGUGAGCUCUAGUUGAGGUUGUAGCGUUCCCAUGGCCGGCUAAUCAGGUGAAGACGUGACCGAUCUUGUGUUUCACUCUCCAACAGAGUCGUGUCAACUUCCUCUCAAUCUCACUCAACACUCUACAUUUGAUGAUCACCACGUUUCCUGGUGUUGACAAGUUUUCCCAAACUGAUUAGACCCGAUCUCUGGUUCCCAUGGUUUCAGGAAGGCGUCAAGUGGCCAUCAUAAUUCAAGAGUGUUGGCACCCGAGUAGCAAUUCAUUUCCGAGAGUUUGUCGUUUCUUUUGUUUUGCUUCGUUCUUGUUUCUGGGAACUGUUUCUCUCAACCCCCUAUGUAACAUAUGUAUAGUUAUACUAACUAAGUGCCAUUAUAUCCAUUUGCCAUUCAGACUUUGAAAAUCUUUCCCACGUUUGAGGGUCGCUCUGGCAAGCAUAGGCGUCCGAUGCAAUAUCAAUACUGAACUCUCCUAUAACAAGCAGACUGGGCACUUUUCUGGGUUUUGUCCAGUCGUCCUGAUCCACGUGCAGUACACUUCCAAGUUCUCUCAAAAUUUUCCCAAACGUUCAAUUUAAUCAGCGAUGGGGUGGCGUUUUAGUCGAAUCUAACAGCAAUGAUAGCAAGAGCAAAUCUAACAGUAGUAGUGACGGCUCAGCCAAUACGCCCAGCCUCCUGAUUGAUUGCUUAAUCAAGGCUCGUAUUUAAUUAGGAGGGUAUGGGAGAAAACUGAUACAUGGUUUUAUAGGUGCUAUAUCAAGCAGUGACAGCAGUCCCUCGCACAGUUCAUCUUUUUUGUCUUCUCGCAUGUUCUCAGAAAGUCCUUCAAUGCUCUUGACCUGAUUAGCUGUCUACAGCUCGCGUAGUUUCUUUGAAGAAAAGUUAUGAUUUGAGAUUUCUCAGAGAUUGCCCAAUUAAAUCUGGUAUCCCGUCAAAUCACCAAGUUUAUCAAUAACAACCAUUCCGAAAGUAGAAGGAGCGGAAACAUAUUUGCAAGUGCAGUAAAUGUGUUUCCAACCCGAAUACCCAGCCUAUAUUAGCAGAAUGUAAGGCUGGGAAGCGCUAAAAGGGAAGUAAGCCCGCACUUCUAGGGAAGCCAAAUUUCGUCAUUAAAGGUGAAGCCGAGGUCCACAGCUGAGUUUCACCAUCGUAAACCAGAUAAUUUUAGUUCCGAUGGGCUGGCCAAUGAGCGCGUGAAACAGCCUGCACUACGGAUGUGCCUAAACGCGUGGCUCUGAUUGGGAGUCAGCUGAGCGUGUGUGAGGGCGAGUGCUGCGCAGGAUAUGCUUCAGUUGCAUGGUUUUCUCCCUUUGCGAAGCCCCUAAAACUGCCGAGAAGACUACCAAGUCCCUUCUUCGUUCAUUUGCGUUGCUAUGGUUACAGCUAAAAUCGUCCCAGGAAAGAGUCCGGUGUUUUUAUUUUCAAACUCGUUAGUACAGUUUCGUUGCAAUUUUAUAAGGGUUCCGGAGCAGACCUUUCUAAGCCAUAGUAGUCCAGAUAUCAUUACUUUUGGAUGCAUAAUUAUAUGGUUCCGAAGUGAACCCAGAACACUUUGAGAAGCCUUUCGUGUAUCACCUGCUAAGUGAGCCUGAGUGUGUUCGCAUAUGAUGAGGUUUCAAGGGUUAAAACAUACUUUCCAGCACAGACCUGCCAUUACAUAGGAUGGCUUCGGUUUCACAUUCGGGGUGAAUCUAUAGCUGUGUGAGUACAGCAGAUUCCAAACAAGCUAGAAUUAGAAAAGUAGAGUUCUACUGGUGAUAUAAUCAUGUAAUCAUAAUGGUAAACAGCUGAUAUGUAUCCGGGUAACUUGCCAAGUUCUGCACUCCGCAGGUGUAAUACUGUAAUAUGAGGGAUACUUUGAUAAGCCUGCCUCCCGAUUAAACAUAUCGUCUAAACGUGAUCUGAGUGAUAUUUUAAUAAGAGUGAAUGGCAGUUGCAGACAAGUGGAAUUGGCAGCCGGAUAUUAGAUUAAGAUUGCUAGGCUAAAGUCUUACCCCCAGUCCCUGGCGACCCCUAGUACCUGACACUUGUAACACGAACCCAAGUAUUAGCCCCUUUUCAAGUUCUUUUUAAUCUCAGGUUUAACAAGGUUUGCACCUUUACUUUACUAAGUAGACAGUCCUAGAAGUAGCGUGUAAGUUGCGUAAGAGUGAGCGAGGUGUGAGGUAGUAAAUCUUAGAUCGUACACUAAUUUAAGUGUUAGCUCUUGUCUGAGGUUUAUCUAUAUCCCGCUCUGUUAUACUGUCAAAGUGCUAAUGCUUUAAAGCCCAGGUUUUAUCAACGGCUCGUCGGUAAAAUUACAAUUUGAGAAGCUUCUGUUGGUCUCCAUUAGUGCCUUUAUUACAACCUCUCUCCCGUCUUGUGCGCAUAAUUUGAGUGGAUUUUGCUUCAACAACCAUCAGGUAACUUCGCUUUAAUGGCGAUUUGAUCAAAUAGGAAGCCUACAAAAGACAAACAUUAAUCUCGAAGUGAUAGAUCUCACAUCAUUGGCAAAAACGCUAUGUUUGUAAACUCCACCAUACGGGUGAAGCCUUUUAAGAUUCUAAGUUAGUCUCGCUUCAAUAGUGCUAGAAGAAUUGAGUACGAAAAAGUACGGUUAGCGACAAAAUCGGCGCGUGGCUCGGCUCAACUUACAGGAUCUAACCUCGGGGAUCUGACAUAGUGUCUGACCCAAUAAAAGUGCUCUAAAUCUGCCGAACAAAUUCCUCUUUGGCGUUGCUAAGUGAGUUCCUCGUUGCUAAGUUGGUUCCCCAUAACUAUUCAUGCUAACGCAGUACACCCUCCCCAGCAAUGAUAGCUAUGGAAAGCGCAUUUUCGCCCUGUUUUUCGGCGUACGUUACCUCUUACUCCAACCCGGUGCACAACUAUGGGCUGCCCACCAACUCCCAGCAACCCACACAGCCCUUUUCGCCUUGUGGCCUACGUCAAUCCUUUGAGAAGUUGACGAGCCCGGAUGUUUUGAGCAAGUAUGUAGGCCGAGGAGGACACCCCACGGCCCCCAACGUAGCAACACCCCACCUGCCCGCCACCCAGGGACCGGACAUGGAACAGCCCGGAGUGUGGCUCUCGGACUCCUCCUGGUACUCCAGAGUCAUGAGUACUGAUAAUUCCAGGUACUACAGACAAGGUAUGGACCUGCCCCCACCACCUCAGAGCGCUGGUUGCAUGGAUCAGCUGGAGUUGUACCGAAGAGGUAUCGGAGCGGAGGCGCAUAUCCCGGCCCCGCCGCCUGUUUCAUCCCAACACCACGGUACACCCCCUCACUCCUGUAUCACCGCCCAAUCCCUGCCACCAAUCCCCGAGGCACUCCCUCAUUUCUCCGUCAACCAGGACAACAAGUCUGCCUUCAAGAGCACAACAGCUGAUCUGAAGAUGAACUUGUGUUACCUGUGCGGCAAGACGUACGCGAGACCAAGCACCCUGAAGACACAUAUGAGGACCCACUCGGGGGAAAAACCCUAUAAAUGUGAUACCUGUAACAAGGGGUUCUCUCAAGCAGCCAACCUCACCGCUCAUGUCAGGACCCACACUGGAGACAAACCUUUCAGGUGCCCAGUGUGUGACAGAAGGUUCUCCCAAUCCUCCUCUGUAACCACCCACAUGAGGACACACUCUGGGGAGCGUCCCUACAAGUGCAAGGUUUGUCACAAGGCCUUCAGCGAUACCUCCACACUUACUAAACACAUACGGGUACACAGCGGGGAAAAACCUUACCGGUGUACCGUCUGUCACUUACGGUUCAGCCAAAGUGGCAACCUAAACAGACACAUGCGGACCCACAAGGAGCAGAAUGGGACCCACCAAGGCCCCUACGUCACUAAGGACCUGUCCCGAUCAGUGAGCCCCUACCUCCCUGACCCCACCAGACUCAGGGACUGGACUAAAGAGGGCCCCAAAAUCUACUGAGCAACUUAUUCCUGGUACUCCAGACAACGCACCGAUAUUCAUGUGACAAAGAGAGCACUUGUUAGAUGAUCACCCCCACCAAGGAAAGGUCCAUUUUUAUCUAGGCUUACCAAAUGUUGUGGAGGUCCUUGAUUGUAGCCAGAUAGGAGCCGAUAACGAAAUCGCCAUGGACAACAAUUAACUGAUAACGUUAAGUUAACUGAUAACGAGGACUAAAACAAACUGUGACUUAUUAUUGUAAUAACUUUGUAGUAUAACGUAUUUGUUUUUAUUUUAUGGUUAAUUAUGACUAGAAUAGUUAAUAAUUAUAAAAGUGUAUUCUUGUUUUGUUAACUUAGAUAAUAACUUUUAAAUAUUGACAGUUU